AUGUCAAAAGGGUGUCUGUUUGAAAUGAUUUUUCGCCAACAAUUUUCCAAAACCCUCCACGGAAUAAGACCCAAACCUACCUCAAAACGUAGUUUCCGAACCUGUGCUAAUGACGAAAGUAGCCAUGCAAACCACUUGCUUGACAAAACUCCUCACCGAAACCUUUCGUUUGAAAUCGUCAAGAAACACCGUGGGUUGGGUUUUAGGAACAAGUUCGAUGAAUUUAAUCUCGCCCACGCCCUCAAAGCUUGCCGUGGAGACCCACUACUCGUCUCCCAAAUCCACGGGUUUUCCAUUAAACGUGGGUUUGCUUCCUUCAUUACGGUCUCUAAUUCUCUAAUGAAUAUGUACUGCAAAUAUGGACAGUUUUCUAAAGCUUUAUGUAUUUUUGAGGAUUUGACUCAUCCUGAUAUUGUUUCUUGGAAUACGGUGCUUUCGGGCUUCCAAAAAAGUGAAGAUGCGUUUGGUUUUGCUUGUACAAUGCAUUCAAGUGGGGUUGGUUUCGAUGCUGUUACUUAUACUACAUCACUUUCUUUUUGUUGGAGGCAUGUGGAAGCCUAUUUUCUCUUUGGGUUACAGUUGCAUUCUUGUAUUGUAAAGAUUGGGUUCGGUUGUGAAGUUUUUGUUGGGAAUGCGCUCAUAAGUAUGUACUCGAGAUGGGGACAUUUAGCAGAGGCUAGAAGAGUGUUUGAGGAAAUGAAAACUAGGGAUCUCGUUUCUUGGAAUGCAAUGAUUUCAGGGUAUACCCAGGAAGCAAUUUAUGGAUUUGAAGCCAUUUUAAUGUUCCUUGAAAUGUUUAGGGGGGAAUGGAGCUUGAUCACAUCUCAUUUACUAGUGCAGUUUCAGCUUGUGGACAUGAAAGGAACUUGGAGCUUGCCAGACAGAUACAUGGUUUGA